CAGUUUCAUCCUGCCCCUGACUGACGACUUCUCUGUUCUUCAGUCCCUCCAGAUGCCGAAUGUCGGGCGGCCGAGUCUGGCCUGCGAGACAUGCAGAACCCGCCGUGUGAAGUGCGACUAUACGCGACCAGGGUGCCUGCGAUGCGAACGUCUCGGCCGGGUCUGUCCUGGCUAUCGUGAUCUGUCGGACUGGGUGUUUAAAAACCACACGCAGACCUCCCUCGGGGCGUUUUACAAGGGGACAGCGCCGAAUCCAGUCGCAGAAGUCACUCGAGGCGGUCAUGAUUUGGCAUCUACAGACAAUGCCGCUCGGGGGGCGGCGAGAUCAGGGAUUCCAGACGCCAGCUUUGCAGUGACGCACAUCCCCCCUGCGUUGUCUGAUCCCUGGGAACCACAUAUCGUGCCGCUGAUUCUCAGCCAGUUCUCCUUCCAGCAGCGGAACGGGGUGACGGCCUACGGCGCGCUGGAGUGUUUUCCUACCCUAGUGUCCCGCGCGGAGGAAGACUCGCCUCUGAUGCUCGCCUCUCGGGCAGUUGGUUCCGUGUAUUUUGCCAACCGCGCGGGCGCGUCCUUUGAUCGCACCGAGCACGGUGUCUCGUACGGCAAGGCGCUGCGUGCCGUCUCCAAGGCCACGCAGGAUCCGGUCUCCCAGCUCGACGACCGGACCCUCCUGGCUAUUUGGCUUCUCAGUCUGUACGAGUGUCUGUUGGGCACCCACGGGCUAGACAUGGUGACCCGUCCCGGCCCGGAGAACUGGGACAUCCACACCCAGGCCCUGGUGGACAUCCUUCAUCUCCGUGGGCCGCGGCAGCUCGCAUCCAGGACGGGCUGUUCCUUGUUCUUCUUGGCUUUUAAUACAAUUCAAACUCGAGUCCUGCAGAAAUGUGACGACCCCCCAUUCGAGACCGCCGGCUGGUUCGAGAUGAUGGCUGCGUCUGGGUUAAGCACAGCGGUGCCUUUCGUCUGCGUCUUUGACUUUGGCUACCAGGCGUCUUUGAUCUGCAGUCGGAUCCGACGCGUUGUGCUUGCGGAACCCCCCCUGCAAUCGACUGUGUUGAGUAUCUGGGCCGCGAUCGACGAGUUUACGUCCCGCACACAAGGUUACUUUGAACGAGUGUGCAUCACGGACGACGAGGACGCUCUCGUGCUCCACGACAUGGCUACUCGGAACAACAUCGACGCGAUGCAUCUCCGCGUGCAGUUCUGUGUCCUGGAGCUGGUGUCUUAUUGUUACACAUUUUACACUUCGUCCGUGGAGAAUUCUCGAUUACAGCAGAUCGCAAAUGCCCUCCAGCUCUUGCAGCGCCAGUACGCCGCGAUCCAGUCCUCCCGCCAGAAAGCAGAUCGCAUCCUGCGCACCCUGCCCUACCUCCUUGCCAUCGAUCCGCUGCACGGCCCGCUAGCGACCUCUCUCCCGCAGUCCGCCAACAGACAGCCCAACUGGUCGGACGCGCUGAGAAUCAUGUGGCCGCUGCGUCUGCUCGCUGCCUCGACAGUCGUCCUCGACAUACACAGACAAGUGGCCGGGGAGGCGCUGAAGCGCAUAGCGUACGAGAUGGGGAUCAUGCAGGCGGUUGGAACGAACUUUACAACGUUGAGUCGGUUGAAGAGGAAUUGAAAUUUGGACAUUACUUUGAGUCUUUCUUCUGAAGACAUUCUCACAGAGAUACUGUAUAUGCAUAUGCCCAUCCCUGUCUACUACAUAUGUUGGCUGUCAAUACGAGUACCUGCAGAAUAUACCAUUGGUGUACUCCAUAGUUACUGUAUUCAAUCAGCAGGCUGUUGUUACAAUUUCAGCCCAA